AUGACUGAAGGUUUUUCUGAGAUCGCUGCAAUCUGCACCUGCCUGAUUGGACUGAUUGGUGUGUCUGCUACGACCAGCUUGCCAAUGUGGAAGGUCACGGUUUCCAGUGGAGAAAACAAAACUGAGAUGGAGAGACGCUGGGAGGGAUUGUGGAUGAACUGCUACAGUCAGGCAAACAUCAGGAUGCAGUGUAAGGUGUAUGACUCCUUGUUGCAUUUGUCCCCUGAUCUGCAAGCUGGAAGAGGCCUGAUGUGCUGUUCAGUAGCCUUGUCAGGGUUAGGGCUCUUGGUAGCUUUAGCAGGGAUGAAAUGCACUUCCUGCUUUCAAGGUAGCAAAUGGGCUAAAACAAUUAUUCUAAUUGUUGCUGGAGCAAUGCAGUUCAUAGCCUGUAUUUGUGUUUUUAUACCCGUGUCAUGGACUGGUCAUGUCAUCGUAAGGGAUUUGUAUGAUCCACUACUGACUGAUACUCAAAAAAGAGAAAUAGGAGGAGCCCUGUACAUCGGUUGGGUUACUGGGACGUUCCUUUUUGACUCAGCCUUGCUUUUUACCUGCCGAUGUUUCCCCUCAGACAACAAACCCACUAUGACAAGCUAUCACCCUGUCUCGACCCUCAAGUCAACUAGGAAUUCUCACAACAGCAACAUUUUAGAUGUACAACAUCCUAUAUCACUUCACAAUGUUGCUCCAGAAAUGACAAACAGUGAAGCCCUGGUGAACCAGUCGACAUCCUAUAUCCAGGCUGGAAGCGUUCAUAUUUCUGGGCUCUCACUGUAUGUUACCCCAAACAGCACACCAUUUAAUGGCUUGUGUGACCCAGUUGCAUAUAACUGCUAUUAUUAAGUGAAGCCACUGUUUCUUUUUUAUAAAUUUUGGCAGGGAAAAAUAUGCACAUGAUCUGAACAUACGUCAAGAUGAUUUAAUAUGGGGUGAUUUAUGCAUUUGCUUACCAUUAAAGUAUACACAUGAUUUUAUGGCAUUCCUGUUCAUUUAGCAGUUGUAUUCAUGAUCUGACAGUCUUACAAA